UGGAUGAGAGUGAACAACACCUGAAGGCCCUUGCUGCCCCCUCAGUACUGACUCUUCCUGGCCUCUGUCCCCCAGGGUGGGCUUAUCAGCCCUCUGAGGUAACAGAGCCCUGAGGACAGCGAUCACCAUGGCAACUCCAAUAAAGGGGGAGGGCCACUCCUCAGCAACCAUCCAUUGGUCUCCAGCAGCAGUGGUGCAGCGCAGAUCUGCACUCCUGGGCUUCAGCGCACACCAGGGUGGGUCACGUGUUUUCUGAAGUGAUGAGAGAGAGUGGAGAGAGUUGCUCGUGAGUGGAGUGCCAGACCUAACAGGACCUACUUUCUCUCCCUCCUUGACUGACAUCUCUUGGGACCUUCCUCUCCAGGACUAAGCUCAGAAUUGCCUGUCCCAGAGCAAGAGCCGAUGGAGCUGGGCCACCAAGCAGGUACGACCACUUUGACCAGGGCCCAGCUGAACAACAACAAGGAAGGCCAGCAGGACAUGGACCCCUGGAGAACUGCCCGUCGCCCCCUGAAUACCUCCAAGUUCAAGUACCAAGUCCCAGUCUCCCCGCAGCCAUCCCUGUACCAGGGAGACAGCCCUCGAGGCAGCCCCCUCGGACAGGCCUCCAUGGAGGAGAUCCUGCCUCCACCCGCUACGGCCGUCAGCCAGGGCGCCUCCUGGAGGGACUCACAGCCUGGGUCCCCGAAGAAGGGGAGCUACAGACCCUCCUCGAGGGAGAGCAGGGCGACCUUCCCGGAAGGAGUGCAGCCAUGCCAGGGGCUGGAAGAAGGCUCCAGCACGGGGUCCCAGGGCCAGAGGAGCAGCAGUAUCCCUAACAACAUUCGUCACAAGUUCAGGAGCAACGUGGUGGACCAGCUGGUCUCCGAGGAGCAGGCUCGAAGGGCCAUUGGUGAAGCCUUCGAGGGCCAAAAGAGGACAAAUUCCUGGGCCAGCAGGAUCCAGAGUCCCACGCAAAUCACCUCCAUCUUUUCAGACUACUACAAUCUGGGCUUCAACAUGCAGUCAAAUUUGUUUCAAGGAGCCCCACAGGAGACGAAGAGCCUCAUGAAGGCCUCCUACACCCCCGAGGUGAUUGAGAAAUCAGUGAGGGACAUAGAGCACUGGCAUGGCAGGAAGACGGAUGAUCUGGGACGGUGGCACCAGAAAAAUGCGAUGAACAUGAACUUGCAGAAAGCACUGGAUGAAAAAGAAAAGAGCAAAAACAAGAGCUCGAAGUACUAGAUACAACCCAGAAGAGGUGCCCUCCGCCCAGAGAAAGUGCUACCAAUAAAGGAAGGCACACAU